AUGCUGCCGCGGCUGCCACCGUUGCUGCUGCCGCUGCCGCUGCCGCAGCGGCAGCAGCAGCAGUCGGGGGAGAAGAGAUUGGCUCUUCCACACGACUGUGGCUUCUAUUCAGGCCAUUACGUAAGUGGCAGAACUAAAACUCAAAUCCAGUCGCAGCCCCUAGCCCUGAGUCCCGAGCCGCCUGCCCCGCUGCACUGGACAGCGCCGCCGGACGGCCCAGGUCGGAGCCCCCCCUCCUCCAGCUCCGAGCCCCGGGAGGGCGCGGCGGAGGCGGCAGCGGAGGCGGGGAGGAGCCGGGGCCGGAACAAGGGCUGGGCCGGGGGCGGGGACGCCGGGGUCCGGAGGAGCCGAGAGGAGCGGAGGACGCGAGAAGGAGAAGAGGCGAGUGAGCGGAGCGGGGAAUCAGGAGCCGGAGCCCGAAAGGGAGCCGGAGCCCGAACCCGAACCCGAGCGGGAGCCGCCCCCCAAGUGCGAUGCCCCGGCGGGGCUAGGGCGCCGGGCGCCGAAGCCGAGAGCCGAGCGGGUCUGCCUCUGGGGGAGGGGGAGGCGGCAGAGCCGGAGCCGGAGCCCGAGCAGGAGUAG